GUUAAGGACCACCUCAGCUCAGCUCACCUAAACCUCACCUCACGCUCUUUUUCGUCUUCUUUUUACUUCAUCUUCGGGUCAAACCCACCUAUAUUCCAUUUUCUAGCUUUCUUUCAAGGUUUUUGUUAACCUUAUAGUACGACCACCCGCAAUGUUUUCACCCGUUGCUUGGCUAGCCCUUGGGCUCGCAGCAUCCUCUCAGUUGGCAUCUGCUCAACAGGCAGGUUCAAUCGUCCAGGUCGGUAAUACCCAAGUUAGCGCCAUGAUGAUGUUCCUUGGCAACGAGGAGAAGGUCUACAUCCUCGACAAAACCGAAGGCAAUGCUGCUCAAAUAGACGGCCACCCUGCUUGGGGUGCCGUGUGGGAUAUCAACACUCACUCGGCUCAGCCGAUGGAGGUUUUGACCAACACCUUCUGUGCUUCUGGUAUGCACCUGCCAAAUGGUUCAUAUGCAACCUUCGGUGGCAACAGUGCCAUUGGCCCCGACGGUGCUACCGGCAGUGUUGGUUCAGGUUCAUAUGAUGCAACCUAUCAAGACUAUGAUGGAAGAAAGUCCAUCCGUAUCCUCAAUCCUUGCACGAGCGCCGAUAACAUGGCCAGUACCCAAUGUCAAUGGUUUGACAACGCUUCCGUUCUGUCCAUGCAAAAGCUGCGGUGGUACUCUGCCGCUGAGGCUCUUGGUGAUGGUACUAUUGUAUUAAUAGGCGGUUUCGUCGCCGGUGGUUACAUCAACCGCAAUACCCCUAAUACGGACCCAGAGUACGAGGGCGGUGCUGCUGAGCCAACCUAUGAGUUUUACCCCUCGAGAGGACCUGCGACUGUCAUGAAUUUCAUGAUCACUACUUCCGGUCUCAACUCUUACGCUCAUACCUACCUCAUGCCUUCUGGUAACAUGCUCAUUCAGGCCAAUAUUUCUACCAUCCUCUGGAACCCCGACACCAACGUUGAGACACCUCUUCCCAACAUGCCGGGAAAUGUCGCUCGUGUUUACCCUGCUUCUGGUGCCGUUGCUAUGCUACCCCUUACUCCCGCUAACAACUACACCCCAACCGUCCUCUUUUGCGGUGGCACGGAUAUGCCUGACGAGUAUUGGGGUAACUACUCGUACCCCAACUACAACACUUGGACCUACCCUACCUCCACGGACUGUCAGCGCAUUACCCCAGAACCCACAGACGGCUCUUCUCCUGUUUAUGUCCAAGACGAUGACAUGCUUGAGGGUCGCACCAUGGGCCAAUUCAUCAUCCUUCCCGACGGUACCCUUUUGGUUGUCAAUGGUGGCGCGAACGGCACUGCCGGUUAUGCUCAGGCUACCGGCCAGACCGCUUCAUAUAACCUAAUGCCCUUCGGCGAGUCGUUGGCCUCUGGCCCUGUCGGAACCCCUGCCAUCUACAACCCGAAUAUGCCCGCAGGCAGCCGCUGGUCAAACGCUGGCCUGGGUAACUCGAAAAUCGCACGUCUGUACCACUCCUCUGCGAUACUCAUGCCUGAUGCUUCUGUCAUGAUCGCCGGAUCAAAUCCUAACAUCGAUGUCAACCUCACCACCAUUUUCCCCACAACCUACACCGCGGAGAUAUUCUAUCCACCCUACUACAGUGCCAGCGUACGCCCAACGUUCUCUGGCGCACCACAAACGCUCUCUUACGGUGGUAACUACUUCGACCUCACCGUCCCUUCGACCGCGUACACUGGUUCGGCCAACUCAGCAGCAGCAAACACGACCGUAGUUCUGUCCCGUGGUGGUUUCACCACCCAUGCCAUGAACAUGGGUCAGAGACACUUGCAGUUGAACAGCACUUACGCUGUCAACAGCGAUGGUUCAAUUACCCUUCACGUGUCUCAAGUUCCCCCGAACUCUAAUAUUCUCACUCCCGGACCUGCUCUCAUGUUCGUCGUAAUCAACGGUAUUCCAAGUAACGGAACGAUGGUCAUUGUCGGCAAUGGCCAAGUCGGGACGCAACCCUUGCAAGCGGCUAGCGUUCUCCCGGCGUCUUCCCAGAAUGCCGCUGCUCAAGGCUCUGGUAGCAGCAAUACAACAAACGGUGCAUCGGGAAGCACGCACACGGGUACCAUUGUUGGUGCUGUGAUUGGAGCUAUUGCAGUUAUUGGUAUUCUCGGUGCGCUCUUUGGUAUUUUUGUGGCUCGCCGUCGGCGCGCCGCUAGCCGUCAGCACCCUGCGGGUGCGUAUGCCAUGAGAGCCACGCGCGACGGGUAUGGCGACGGCGCGUCCCGCGGAGGAGUCACCAAUAGUCAAGCACGUCUUUCUGACUCGAGUGCCUUUGUCCCGUUGCAACAGGAUAAUUCAAGCAUGGCGUGGAACGCGAGCAGUCCUAACCUGCAUUCGCCGUAUCGGGACACGUAUGGAAGACCUAGUGAAGGGACAGAUUAUGAUCCUUAUAAUCCAGAUGGAGGAAUGCAACAUAGUAGCGGACAGCGGAUAUGAUCAUGGACAGAUUGCAUUUAUAGAAAGCGCACGGACACUGUUGUGUUGAAUAUCUCAGCCUUUUUUUUCUUGAUUUCUUCUUCUUCUUCCUGCUCAUUCAUUAGUAGCUACAACUAUCGCAUGCGUCGUUGUGGUUUUCUUGUCUUGUGUGCUUCAACGUAGUGUCUGUCGUUUCUAGGGCCUUUUUGGUUGGUUUUGGACGUUUUGUCGUAUUGGAGCCUGUACUGUGUCUGGACUCUGCGCUGAGCGCUCUGUUGUCGUUCGUUGAUAUUUACUUACAGAGCGGUUGACGCGUUCGUUUCGUUGAAUAAAAAAGUAUCUGUAAUGGCGCUGAAAA